ACACUCCAAGCCUCAAGGGCAUACCUACAACACACAACAUUCACCAUCUUGCCCUUCUUGAAAACUUUCGAUACAUAACGACUGUUACAUUGGCGAAGUGGCAGAGAGACCGAAAAAGAAUGAGUGAAUCGCCAUGCAGCAGCGGAGGCAUCUUCCAAGCCCUAAACGGCAAUGUCUACGGCAACGGGACGUGGACUCUGGUCCUGUCCCACGGCUUCGGGGCUGACCAGACCGUUUGGCACCACGUCGUGCCGUUCUUAGCGUGCUUCUUCAAAGUGGUGGUCUACGACUUGGCCUUCGUCCACCCGGGAGUGUAUGGCGCUGCCGCAGGAAAGUACUCGGACUUGGGGGGUUACGCUGAAGACUUGGUGCGCCUUCUCGAUGGGCUGAAGGUGAAGAGGAGCAUUUACGUCGGUCACUCCAUGUCGGCCAUGAUCGGGUGCUUGGCCGCAAUCCGCAGGCCCGACCUCUUUGAACAACUUGUGCUGCUCAGUGGAUCUCCAAGGUACCUCAACGCCAAAGGAUACACUGGAGGCUUCGAUGAACCGGCGAUCAACUCGAUACUACAAUCAAUGCGUGCGAAUUACUCAGGUUGGAUCCAUGAUUUCGCUCCAACAGCAAUAGCACUGAACAACACGGGUGCACUGAUGGAGUUCGAGCACAGCUUGGGACGAAUAGAGCCUGAAAUUGCGGUAAGCGUAGCUAAAACCGUGUUCCUCAGUGACCUGAGAUGGGCUCUGCCAAAAGUGCCGGUUCCGUGCUCCAUCAUUCGAUCCCGAAAGGACAUCAUCGUGCCAGCGUCCGUCUCGCAUUACAUGAAGAAGAAGAUUGGGAAUGGCACCUCCAAGGUGAAGAUACUAAGGACACAAGGCCACUUCCCAAUGCUCACUGCUUAUCCUUUGCUUCUGGAUGCCUUGAAGGGGGCAAUUUAACUUCGUUCAAAUUGCCCGGUUUGUGCGAAAGUGUUGAAGAAGCGAGCAAAAUCUUCGCUAGAGACGGUCCACCUCAUUGUUUAGUUGGGAACACGAAUAUUACCCAAUUUGUUUUUUGUUAAAUUUGCAUAUAAGUGACAUUCGUAUAGGGAACCCACUCACCGAGGCCUUUCUCUGAGCCACGAAAAACCACACAACCCUCUUGAUUAUGGUUCAAUCCCGACCCUCUUUUUUAUCUCUCAUAUGGUCUUUG